GCGUAUGUGCUACGAGGGAAGUAAACGCGUGGAUAUUUUGUCUCGAUUUCUCUCUCUCUCUCUCUCCCCCCUCUCUCUCUUCAUCUCUUCUGUAGUACCUAGUAGGAGGAACGGGAAGGAGGAGGAGAGUAGCGGGGUGAUGGUGACGCUAAGCCAGUUGAGCGCACCGCAGCAAGCAUUCGUGGCCGCAGCCGGCGGGUUUGCCGGCGUGGCCGCCGUCUUGGCCUUGCUUUUCCUCUUCUGCUCUGCCUGUAGGUAUGCGAAAAGGCCUGCAAGUUCUCCGGGUUUAGUGCGGCAUCCUGUCACGGAAUUCGGCAGCACCACCACCUACUUCGACGAGUCGCUCCACCAUAUCUCGAUGCCGGACCUGAUCACCGCCACCAACAACUUCCACAGCUCCGGCGUCGUCGGCGACGGCGGCUUCGGCCUCGUCUACAAAGGGCAUCUCCCCGACGGGCGGCUCGUCGCCGUCAAGAAGCUGGGCAUUGAUUGCUUCCAGGGUCUGCGUGAAUUUGAGGCCGAGAUGGAAACACUGGGCCGAGUCAGACAUGAGAACAUAGUCAAAAUCCUAGGCUAUUGCAUGACUGGGCCGGACCGAGUCCUCAUCUACGAGUACGCAGAGAACGGCAGCCUGGACCAAUGGCUGCAUACCGAACCGUCCGAUUCGUUCACCUCCUCCGCCCGACUCACUUGGCCCAUCAGGGUCAACAUCAUCAAGGGCGUCGCCGCCGGCCUCGAGUUCCUCCACGACAAGGUUCAGCCGAGGAUCAUCCACCGCGACAUCAAGGCCAGCAACGUGCUCCUCGACGAACAGUUCCAAGCCCACAUCGCCGACUUCGGGCUGGCCCGGCGGAUCAACCCGAGCUACUCCCACGUAUCGACUCAGGUCGCCGGGACGAUGGGCUACAUCCCGCCGGAGUACAAGGACGGGUGGCGCGCCACCGUGAAGGGCGACGUGUACAGCUUCGGCGUCCUGAUGAUCGAGGUGGCCACCGGGAGGAGGCCGAACCUUGCGGUGGAGGAGGUGGUGGUGGACGGGAAGGUGAAGUUGGUGUUUCUGGUCAACUGGGCCAAGCAGCUGGUGCAGGAGGGGAGGGAAAUGGAUGCCCUUGAGCAGGUGCUCAGGGAGGAUGCACCAGAAGCCAGUGUUAAAGAGUACUUUAGGAUUGCUUCCAUGUGUACAAAUGAUGACCACAAGGAGAGACCUCUAAUGGCGGAAGUUGUUUCUAUGCUACAGAGUCUCUAGAGAUUAUGUAUAGACAAUAUGCUAUACAAGAUGGUUCCCCUUCAUCAAGGGUGGGGGGCUUCUGUUGAACAAUAAGAUAGAUAUCAAUCCCAGUAUCCAGUUACAUCACAAGAAAGCUAUUCAAUAACUACACAGAAGCUUUAAAUCUCAUGCAAGGUUGAAGACGAUAGAAAUAUAAAAUUAAACCGAUGCUUUUGCUUCAUGGUUUAAGUUGGGUGUGCUCUUGUAGGGGGUGAGAAAUAUUGACGGUUUUUCUGUUACCAAAAAUAAAAAGAAAUCCAUCUCUCUCUCUCUC